AUGUUGUCGACGUUGCUGCGUGACGCGAGCCUUCUCGACGGCCCGACGACGGCGUCCAAGGAAGAGGAGUACGUCUGCGACGUGUGCAACCAAGCCUUCCGCUUCAAGGGCAAUUUGAAGCGCCACCAAAUGACCAAGCACGUCGGGCUCAAGCCGUUCCAGUGCGCGCUGUGCCCCAAGACGUUUGCGCGCAAGGCCGACAUGCAGGUGCACAUGCGUGUGCAUACGGGCGAGAAGCCGUACCCGUGCGCCUUGUGCGACAAGCAGUUUGCCCGCAUCUCGGACCUUCGCUCCCACGAACGCACGCACAGUGGCGAGAAGCGCUUUGCGUGCGCAUUUCCGGGCUGCUCGCGCCGGUUUGCGCGCAAGGUCGAUCUUCGCAAGCACGAGUUUGUGCACGAGACCGCGGCCAAGGCGGCCAAGCGCCAGCUGCAGCCCAAGCAAGCGGAUGCGUGCGCACCGACGCACGACCACGCCGCCCACGCGCGCGGCUGCGGCCACCUCAGCAUUGAACACGGCAACCACUUUGACUUUAUCGUCAACAACCAGCUCGUGUGCAUGGACGGCGUCAAGUCGCUCGCGAUCGUGCCCCGCGGGCCGCACGAGCCGCUGCCCCACGGGCAAGAGCCGAGCCACGGACCUGGCUGUGGCCACUUGGCCGUGCGACACAACGACCACGUCGACUAUGUCGUCGACAACUCGGUCUACUGCCAGCACGGCGGUGUGGUCUACGACUGCGACUCGCUCAAGCUUCUCGACGAGGACUUUUGGGACUUUUUCGGGGCCGUCGACUCGAUGACGACGACGUCGUCGACGCCGAGCGUCGAAGAGAUCUAA